GCCGCAACCCGGGGGAGGAGGUUCCCACUUUAAGAAGUGAAGUUUUCCUCCCUCACCCCCUCCCCCUCCUGUCCACCUCCUGCCGCCUCCCGCGCCCCGCGGGGCCGCGGAUGGAGCUCCGCCGCGGCGGCGUGGGGAGCCAGGCUGCGGGCCGGAGGAUGGAUGGGGACUGCCGCGAUGGCGGCUGCGGCAGCAAGGACGCCGGGUCGGAGGACUACGAGAACCUACCGACCAGCGCCUCGGUGUCCACCCACAUGACAGCGGGAGCGAUGGCCGGGAUUCUGGAGCACUCCAUCAUGUACCCAGUGGACUCCGUGAAGACACGAAUGCAGAGUUUGAAUCCAGAUCCCAAAGCCAAGUAUACAAGUAUCUAUGGCGCCCUCAGGAGGAUCAUGCACACGGAAGGCUUCUGGAGACCCCUACGGGGCCUGAACGUGAUGAUAAUGGGUGCAGGGCCCGCACAUGCCAUGUAUUUUGCCUGCUACGAAAACAUGAAAAGGACUUUAAAUGACGUUUUCAGCCACCAAGGAAACAGCCACCUAGCUAAUGGGAUAGCUGGGAGUAUGGCCACCCUACUCCACGAUGCAGUAAUGAAUCCAGCAGAAGUGGUGAAACAGCGCUUACAGAUGUACAACUCACAGCACCAGUCAGCCCUCAGUUGUAUCCGGACGGUGUGGCGGACCGAGGGGUUGGGGGCCUUCUACAGGAGUUACACCACACAGCUCACCAUGAACAUACCCUUCCAGUCCAUCCACUUCAUCACCUACGAGUUUCUGCAGGAGCAGGUCAACCCCCACCGGGACUACAACCCCCAGUCUCACAUCAUCUCAGGAGGCCUGGCCGGCGCGCUGGCUGCAGCUGCCACCACCCCGCUGGACGUCUGUAAGACCCUCCUCAACACGCAGGAGAACAUGGCACUCUCCCUGGCCAACGUCAGCGGCCGGCUGUCAGGCAUGGCCAAUGCCUUCCGGACGGUGUACCAGCUCAACGGCCUUGCUGGUUACUUCAAAGGUAUCCACGCUCGAGUCAUCUACCAGAUGCCUUCCACCGCCAUCUCCUGGUCCGUCUAUGAGUUCUUCAAGUAUUUCCUUACGAAGCGGCAGCUGGAGAAUCGAACUCUAUACUAAAAGGAACGCGGCAGUGGGAAGUGGUCCCAGCAUCUUUUGUUCCUGCCUCAUCCCUUCGUUCUCACACCCAGGUCCUGUCCUGCAGGGUGCUCGCGCGUGCGCGCCGGGCCCUCCAAUCCCUGGUGCCUUAGAAAGGGAGGACCAGCCUCCACUGGUCAGAAUGCUGUCUGUGGGGACAUCCAAGGUGAUGGUCGGUGGGGAAAACUUGGGGAGAGCGAGAAGUCACUUUUUUCUCCUCCUUCCUCAGGAGAGGAAUGUAGCUUUUCUGCCUCACUGUGGCCGUCUCCUCCCGAGAUCUUUACACCAAAACCGCGGAGGAGAACAGUGACAUGGUGAAGAAAAAGAGUUUAUGUACAUAAAAGUACCAUUACCCAGUCUGAAAUAGGUGGAUAAUGUUUAUACUUUAUUUUUCUACAUAGAGAUUUUUGAAAUUGUGCGUGCUUGUGUGUGUCCAUAAAUAGUAUUAGAGUUGGGAUGAUGGACCUGUUUUUUUUUUUUUUUUUUAAUGAGAGAGUAGAAUUCUUCCAAUGUGAGAAGUAAAACAAACAAAUGGAAAAAAAAAAAAAGGCACCAAAGUAAUAAAUGGCUUUAUGCGGCCUGUAACUGUGUGUAGCGCCCCCCUGUGGGAGUUUAACUUGAAUGUAAAAUAAUAAACACAGAGUUUAUAUUUUGAAUUUCUCUUUUCAUGGGGGAAAAAAAGGUACGAUGAAAACAAGUCAAAAUAAUUAGUCUGUCGCUUGGACUUUUUUUUUUUUCUUCUUCUUCUUAAUAGUCACCCCCUGUGCCUUUCUGACUUUUCCUAAAACUUCCAGGACCAAUGAUAGGGUCCUGGAGCAUUUUCCUCCCUUUGUGGACACACCCGUACAGGACUUGGCAGCCUGGUUGUCCACACUGUUAGGGUAGUGACCCCAGCAGAAGAAGAAUGGUUGGUCUUAACCUCUUAGGAUAGGGAAGUGAGUGUGUGUCUCCCUGGGCAGCUCUUAGCACUGGAGAUGUCACCAUUUGCCUAAGCGCCCUCAUUCUCAGGCACUUCAGCUAACCUGAUCUGUGUGUGUUUUUAUUAGUCCCCAUGUCCCCUGCAGUCGAAGGAUUUAGAAAAUCCUAGAAGAUUUCUGGCACUCAUCUGUCCCCUGCCUUGUUCCGGCCCCGUGUCGUUCUUAUCACAGCCUCUUUCUGCACUGAGGCCGGCCCUCCAGCCAGGACGGAAGCCUGCUAUGACUCUCUCUGCCUCUCCAGAGCUGCUCAGUAGCCUUGUCUCCUCCUGCGUCACCUUGAGAACCUGUGUCCCCUCUGCUUUGUUUUCGGAAGUGGAGUCAGAUCUGAGAGAAAAUGCAAGCCCGUGUCUCCGUGUCUCCUAGUCUGCCACUGUCGUGGAGCUGACAGAAUGGCCUCAGGUUCCCUCUUCCAGCUUUAUCUAUGAAUGAGCAGGGGGCACACUGGUGUUUUCAUUUCAGUGGCCCUGGUCCCAUUUGGAAGUCAUGGCUGGCAUCCUCCCUGUCACAGGGGAGCCUCGGACCUUGGGUUCCCAUGGAUGGUCCCACUGCCUGGGAGGAAUUCAGCUAGUACUGGGAGAAUUUUCAUCUUGGAAUGAUGGAUCACCCAGUGCCCUUGGACACAGGGCACUGUGUUUUUGUCCAGCAGCUGAGAGAAGUUACGUGAUCCGCUGACUUUUUUUUUUCCUCCCAAGAGAGCCACCUCAAGCACUUACUUACAUGUACCCCACGAGGGCUUCCUGGCUGGCUGCUGACCUGUCAUUCCAUGGCGUAGCAGGUUUCUGGGUUUAGUGGUAUCUUAGGCUGGCUGAUGUCCUGUUCCCGCUGAAAAUGUUUCUGCUCUCACCCUGCUGGUGUUGAGCAAUGUUAACUUUUAUAAAUGGAGGGGAAGGUCAGGUUGUAGAGUCUAAAGUAGAAUUUAAAUAAAAUUCUAAACAUCAACACCCUUUGAUUCAUUGAUGACCAGUCCUGCAAAAAGACAAAAACAAACAAACAAACAAACAAAAAACAGUAUUUCCUGUUGGAUUUUCUUUAUAGUUAUCUACUGCUGGGGCAGCCCCCUUUGGUCAGAGUGUGGACCAGGACUUGAGGACUCUGGGCUUGAAGUCCAGGGGUCCGCUUGUGGCCAUCCCUUCCUUGUGAUGAUUGGUGGGUUUGCAGGAAGGCAGCUUUUUAACCUGUCUGCCCCAUCCAGUCACCGGAAGGUUGAGUGAGUGGCGAAAAAGUUGUUAAAAGUUGUGAAGCACUGAACAAAAUUGCUACUUCUGUGGGCAUGAAUCCCCCCGCCCCCACCCUUAGCUCCGAAGCUGGGAUUGUCCUGGACCCUCAUGCACAUUAUAGCUUGUAUGUUGAUUGUGAUUUUUGACAUGGAAAAGUUCGAAAUAGGAAAAUGCUUCCUCCACCCAGUGACCAGGUUAAUACUUGGUCAUUGGCGUCUUCAGAGCGACAUUCAGGGAUGGGCCAUGCCACCUGGGUACAAUGUUAAUACCCUAGCUCUCUCUGUUUGUGUGUGUUCAGGCCAUGUGACAGUCAACCACUUAAUAGCUGAGUGUUAAUUUAUUAUGCACUAAAACGUUGAUCUUUUAAAAACGGGACGUUCUUAAUUCAUGACUAUUUUUUUCAAAAAAUUUGGAUUAAGUAUAGCUACUUUUAUGUGCACUUGUCCCCCCUGCUCCUGUCCUCAUCUCUCUGUCUUACCUCUUACAACCAUCAUGCUCCAAUGUCACCCCAAGGCUGUAUCUCCAACACACCGCUAUGCCAUUAAGGUUUUAUUUAACUCUAUUUAAUGGAUAAUUGUGUCUGUGAACAACAAAUGUGCCGCUGCCAGUCGCACAGUGUGUGGGAUGAAAGUGGUCCCAGUGUUACUUUCUGAAGGUCUUAAAAAUGCCUGUGGUCAAGAUUGUUCGGUUUUUUUUUUUUUUUUUUUUUUUUUUUUUGGUUUUUUUUUGCCUUGUGACCUCUGCGUUCGGGGAGCAACAGUGUGUUCACACGUGUGUGUUUGUGUCCGUGGCGCUGCUAGUUUUUGACACUGGAGCUGGAGAAAAUAAAGCAUUGAU